AUGGAAACCCUCGUGGGCCUUGUUUGCAGAGCCCCAGGGGCUGCUUCUGAGCACGGGGGAGGUGCGUGUCCGGCUCCCUUCAACGUCUUAGCCGGAGGGCGAGGUUGUCGGGCCAGCGCCGCUGGUGCGGAUGCCCUUCGGGGACCCUCUGUCCCUGAGGGGCCGUCGCCGGCAGUCGGGCGCCCCCAGCGGGGUGACUUGGCUCCUGGGUCAGCGGGGCUGGCGCCUGGCCAGAAAGUCGCCCUGAGUUGGAGGGGGCUGGGGGUGGGCGCUGGGCUUCAGAAUCUGGGGAACACCUGCUACGUGAACGCGGCGCUGCAGUGUCUGAGCCACACGCCGCCCCUGGCCAGCUGGCUGGUGUCCCGGCAGCACGCCACCCUCUGUCAGGCCGGCGGCUCCUGCACGCUCUGUGCUGUGCGAGCUCACGUGACCCGAGCCCUCCUUCACGCGGGAGAGGUGAUCCGGCCCCGCAAGGACCUGCUGGCGGGCUUCCACAGACACCAGCAGGAAGAUGCCCACGAGUUUCUGAUGUUCACUCUGAAUGGCAUGCAGCAAGAGUGCCUGAGUGCAUCCCAGCCGUCGGGCCACGCCUCCGAGGACACCAGCGUCGUCCGUCAGAUCUUCGGCGGGACGUGGAGGUCUCGGAUCCAGUGUCUCCACUGCCUCGGUGUCUCGGACACGUUCGACCCUUAUCUGGACGUCAGCCUGGAUAUCACGGCGGCUCAGAGUGUGGAGCAAGCUCUGAGAGAGCUGGUCAAGCCCGAGAAGCUGGAGGCGGAAAAUGCCUAUGACUGUGGCGUUUGUCUCCGGAAGGUGCCUGCCACCAAGAGGUUGACUUUGCACAGCACGUCCCAGGUCCUGGUGCUGGUGCUGAAGCGGUUCACACAGCUGAGCGGGGCCAAAAGGGCUCAGGAGGUGCGCUAUCCCCAGUGCCUGGAUGUGCAGCCCUACACGUCUGAGGGGAAGUCAGGGCCACUGGGCUACGUGCUCUAUGCCGUGCUGGUGCACUCCGGGUGGAGCUGUAAGCGAGGACACUACUUUUGUUACGUCCGAGCCGGCAACGGCCAAUGGUAUAAGAUGGAUGAUGCCAAGGUGACCGCCUGUGACGAGACUGCUGCCCUGAGCCAGAGCGCCUACGUCCUGUUCUACGCCCGGGAGGGUGCGUGGGAAGGGGGCGCUGGGGGAGGGGCAGCGGCCCCCCUCGGGGCUGACCCCACAGACCCCGGGCAGCCUGCAGGAGACGCCAGCGGCAGAGCUCCUGGGUCGCAGGAGUCCCCGGGGGACACAGAGGCCGAAGGGAUGAGCUUAGAGCAGUGGAGACGCCUGCAAGAACACGACCGACCGAAGCCGGCCUUGGAGCUGCGCAAGAUCCAGGCUGCCCUGCCUGCCGGCGCAGUCGUGAUUCACCGGUCCAGACCCGGAGGAGGGAGAAACCGGCCUCCGCCCGCACAGGAGCACCACCGGCUCGACCGGCCCAGCACGGACACCCCGCCUCCGGGGCGACGGACGUCCGACCGCGGCCCUUGUGCCAGCGGGAGGGCCAGAGCGACCAAAGGGGAGGAACAAGAAGCCGCGGCCAUCUCUGGGGGCUGUGCG